AUGGCCCCCAAGAGGAAUAACAACAAGGCCCCCAAGGCCCCCAAGGCCCCCAAGGCUCCAAAAAACCACAAAACCACCUCCAAAGUCAAGAAGGUGCAGGCACCUAUCACUACCCGUGUGACACGCUCUAGGGCCCGUGAGUCUGGGGAGGAGUUGGUGUCUCUUGACAUCCCUACGGUUAACAGCACCGCGGUUACCACUGAGAUCAAGGCGUCCACCGAAACACCUCGUGACUUGGAAUCAUCUCCUAGGAAAUUGGCGAGGAAUGGCCGCGCACCAGAGGCGCCUUCUAGUCCUGAGAAAAUGCCCACCGAGAAACAGACAAUUGAUGAAACGCCUGGGGUGUCUCCUAACUGGGCCGACUCCGAGCGGUACACCCGCUACUCCUCGUCCACUGAAUCAAGCCUCUACAGGUUCUAG